GGUUUCCAUCUUUGCUUUUGGCGUUUCGACUUUGAUAAACUGCAGCUGACAGACGAUAAUUAAACAGAGUGUAAACUGACAGAGAGUGGAGCGGCCUUGUCGUCCUACGUGCAUAGUGACCAGCUGUGAGAUGGCAUUCAAGGCUUUCAAAGUGUGGACAAAAGAUAAGGAAAGGGGGAAAUUAAUUUCCGCGGAUAGGCUUGAAGAAAUGUUGGUAAAAAGUAUUUCCAAAAAAGGUCCAUGGGAAACGUUUACUCACUGCUUGGGGGACUUCAAGCAAAAUGUUAUCUCUUCGACAAUGUUUUGCUUGUCGGAUUAUGUGAAAUUACACUGCUUGACUACAAAGCCGAGAGUAUACCUUAUGUCAAAACCAAAGGAGGAUACAGAUGAUGACUGGGACUUACCAGAUCUGGACCUGGAUAUGUCCAGUCCGGAAAGUGUUAGCUUACUCCAGGAGAGAUUGUAGCUGUCGACGUCCCUGAAGCUGCUGAGAUG